AUGACCAAAUACGGUCAGUGGGAGGAUCAGUUCGCAGACAAGUUGCUAGUUCUGUGCAGCACACUUGAAGACUCUUACUUGAGCCUUGGUCCAGAUCAAUUCAAUGAGAUUGCCAAUUGGGCAAGCGUCAUCUUUGAUCUGGGGGCACGCGUCAACUACACGCAGCCGUAUUCAAUCCAUCACCCUGCUAAUGUCGAUGGCACGGUAAAUUUCCUUUGUUUGGGCUGUACUGGCCGGCCCAAAGCGGUUCACUAUGUUUCCAGUAUCUCCUGCUUUGGUCCCACUGGAUUUGUCACUGGGGCCCAGAGUAUUGUCGAGGAUGAGCCUCUGUCAAAGCACCUAGAGGCACUCACCUACGAUCACGGCUACGCACAAAGUCAAUGGAUCGUCGAAGCCAUGCUGCGACGACUCAUAGACCGCGACUACCCCAUCGCUGUCUAUCGACCGGGCUUCAUCACAGGCUAUAGUAAAACAGGUGUUUGCAAUCCAGACGACUUCUUCAGUCGUCUGAUCCACUCUUGCGUCGAAAUAGGAUGCUAUCCGUUACUGCCUAAUCAGCGGAAAGAAUUCGUUCCAGUUGAUUAUGUAUAUUCGACCAUUUUGCACAUCGCUGCUUCAGUUUCCUCCUUGGGUCACGCAUAUCAUAUCGUUCCCCCAAACCGUGAAGUCUCGAUCGACAUGAAUGACUCGAUGGAACUGGUCAGGUUGUUGGUCGGUGAUACCAUUAUGGAGGGCAUCCCGUACCAAAAGUGGGUUGAUGUUCUGACAGACAAAUCUCCUUCGCGACUACAGCCCCUCCAACCCAUGUUAGCAGAAAAGGCGCAUAAGGGGCUCACCCGGUGGGAGCUAUAUGAGAAUAUGCCCUCACACCACCAACAUAAGCCAAGCACUCCAUAG